AUGCCAAAUAGUCGUCCUCCUUGGCUGAAGGAUCGUCUAGAGACGGUUAACAAAAAUGUACCUCCUGCUUGGACCCGUAAGGCAAGUGCAACGCCAGCCACUGAUACCAAGGAGUCUUCACCGUCCGCCAAAUCCAAAUCCAUUGAAGAAACUCCCGCCGCCAGUACGAAAGCACCAGUAACAGCAUCGACCGGCAUCAAGAAAUCGGUCAACCCGCCUGUAAAAGAAAACGGCGAAACCGGUGCAAAGACUACAGCCACGGGCAAGCUACAAUCAAAGGAAAUCAAAGUUCCAGUUCUAGUAGCUCAGAAAAAACCGGUGAAUCCUCCGCCAAGCAAAUCCGACGCUUCGCCAGUCCUGAAAAAUACAACCCCUGUCAUGACGGUGCACCGCGAAGCAGCCAAACCAAAAACCAAAUCGGUACUCAAGGAGCCAACGCCAGAACCCGACGAAGAAGAUGAAGAUGAAUACGAAGAGGAAGAAGAGGAAGAGGAGGAAGAAGAAGGCAGCACCGAAUAUGAGACGGAAACUGAAUCGGAAGAAGAAGUAUCUCCUCCGCCACCAGUAAAAUCGGCGCCUAAAAAACCCGAUCCGAGUGAAUUAAAGCGUCAGGACGCCGUUUCAGCGCAGUCCCCAAAGCUACCGGUGCAGUUGCGCAAAGUAACGCCAACAAAAAGCCCCGAAAAAUCCGACACUGACAGUAAGCCCACCUCUAAGUCCGUAUCGGAAAAAUCUUCAUCUCCGGAGUCGAACACAUUCGUGAGACCCCCGCUUAAAAAAGUGGUACGUCCUCAGCAGGACGCGCCGCCAAAGGAGCGAUCGGCAUCGCCAGAGCCUGCAAAGAACUUCCGCGUGCAGUUACGAAAAGUACCGUCGAAUCUCAAGGCCCCACGUGUCAAAGAAAAAUUGCCAGAGGUGCAGCUAAAAAAGGUAGAAAAGCCACUCUUGGAGGAUAUUCCGAAGAAAGAAGAAGCCUACCCGCACAAACCGUCUAUGUUGAAAUCGGAGAGCAGCAAAAGAAUUCCUCCACCACCACCGAUGCCAAAGUCCAACAUACCGCCACCUCCGCCACCGCCACCAGGCAUGAAGCCACCUCCAGAUUUUAAGAAGCAGGAAAUAUCUGAUAAGCAACUGGAAGUGCUGGAUAAACUAAAACGACGUCCACGUCGACGUCCGGACUGGUCGGAUAUGAUGAAGGAAGUUGAAAAGGGAAAGAAACUCAGACACGUUCAGUGUAACGACAGAUCACACCCCAUCAUAAACUCUAAAUCUAUUACGAAGGUAAAGGAUCAGUUCAUCUUCGAAACGGAAAAAGCCACAGCGCAUAAUCAGCUGCUGAAGCAAAUUCAAGGAGGCAUCCAGCUGAAACCCACCAAAUGCAACGAUCGCAGCAAACCAAUCCUAGAAGGAUUGCGCAAGUUCAGACGUCAGAUGACGCUUGAAGAGCAGCUUGCCAAAUCGGAAUCAAGAGCAAAUUUGGAGGCCCCACCAGCUGACGAAGAGGAGGACGAAUUAGACGACAUUGAUAAGGUUCGUGAUGAUCUGCAAAGCACAAAGCAAAUGCUGGCCCAUGAGCUACGCAACAAUGAGGCUCUGGAGCGUGAAAACAAGAGGCUGUUGGUACGAGUGCAGAAUCUUGAAGCAGAACUGUCCCGUGAGCGGUGGAAUCCGCUGAGUGGCGAAGAACGGACAACAGUUACCGGACCUCAGUCCGAUCUCAUACAAUCGCUUAAAGACGAGGCGUUAGAGGCUCAGAAUCAGUCGAAGCAGCUUGAAGAUAAAUAUCAAACUGUCGCCAAGGAACUAGAUACAGCAUACAAGCAGGUGGACGAGCAAAAGCGGAAACUCGCUGAACUAGAACGGAAACUUCAGUGCUUAACGGACGAUGACUUCUAUUUGAGCGAGCAACAGGGUGUAACGGAUGAUCGUAGAGCUACGGAAUCAGCUCAAAAAGAAAGCUCACCAGAGCUGCAACCCGAAGAGGAAGAGGAAGAAGAGGACGAAGAAGACGAAGAAAAGAAGGCAGAAAAGAUUGCCAAACGACUGAAUCGCGAAGUAAAUAUGCUACAAGCUCGAUUGACGAGACUAAAAGAAAAACAGGAGGAAAAGCAUGCAGAACGACAGGCUCUUAAAUAUGCAAUGAAAACAAAUCAGUAUGCUCUUAAGGCUGAAAAGAAAAAAUAUAAAAAACUCCAGAAGGAAGUCGAAAAAAUGGCAGCAAUGAUGAAAAUGGAAGAUGACGACGAUGACGCCGCGGAACCCAAGGAACCGGCAGUGGAUGAUCCAGAAGACGAAGAACAAGAAGAGGAAGAAGAGGAGGAAAGCGAGUCCGAAGAGUCUGAGUCAGAGAGUGAAAAUGAGAGCGAAAAUGAAGCUGAGGAUGCUCCUGAUGCUAAAAAGAAAAUCAAUCUUGAUCCAAGAGUCAAACGCCAUGAGGCACGACUGGCCUCGCUCAAGAAAGGAAACUACCUCCUGCAAGCAAAUGUCGAUCGUAUCAAGGACGAAAUCAGCAAGGUUCGAGAGGAAUGUUGCACACUACAAACGGACUUGGACAACGUAAUUGCAGACCUAGGUUAAAGAAAUUCGACGGUGAUGUUUUGACACGCUAUAAUUAUGAUGUAAAAGCAGUCUGUAGAAUCUACUGCAAAUUGCACUGUAUUCGUUUCCUAUGUACAAUACGUAUUUAUCAAAUAAUCACAAAAACAUAUUUUCUUCUAAUGCUUUAGAAAUUUUGCAGAAAAGCUGCAGCGUAGUUUUCGUAA